UGCGCCGAUAACGAAUGGGGCCGGGGAACCAUGGAAGUCGUCCAUCGCAGCAGCAGCAGCUUGGCGCCUGGCACUUAUAUGUGCUCACUGUCUGCUUCUGCUAGGUGACAGCGCCUUCACCACCCAACAACGUAGAUCCCUGCCAGCACGCAUCAUGGCCAAAGGCAUCACCAUCGCCCUCGAUCGAGGCGGUACCUUCUGCGAUACUUACGCUCAAAUUCCAGGCAGGUCGCACCCACUGGUCUUCAAGAUCCUCAGCGUAGACCCUUCAGCCUACCCUGAUGCGCCCACUGAAGCCAUCCGUCGCGUGCUCUCCGUGGCAAGAGGCAAAGAAAUCCCACGGGGCCACAAGAUCGAUCUCGAUGGAGUAGAGGCUAUUCGCAUGGGCACCACAGUCGCCACCAAUGCGCUUCUGGAGCGGAAGGGCGAAGCAGUGGCCUUCAUGGUCACCAAGGGCUUCAAAGACUUGCUUCUCAUAGGCGACCAGAGCAGGCCAGAUCUCUUCGACCUCUCAGUCAAUCGUCCACAGCCACUACCCAGCAUCACUGUCGAAGUGAACGAGAGAGUAAGCAUUGCCAAUGAAUACCAGACACCUGGUCUCGCCGUCAUCCAGUGCUCUGGGACAGACAGGAUACAAGUCGAGAAGCCUCUCGACGAGCAAGCGGUGGAAGCGCAGCUUCGACAACUGCGCGUGCAAGGCUUCCGAUCGCUGGCAGUGUCUCUCCUUCACUCGUACAUCUGGCCAGAGCACGAAGAGAAGAUUGGAGAGAUUGCGACCAAAGUUGGGUUUCUACACGUAUCCCUCUCUUCUCGCGUCUCUCAGAUGGUCAAAGUCGUGUCCCGGUCCCAUUCGGCUGCUGUGGAUGCCUACCUCACUCCCGAAUUGCAGCGAAACCUCUCGAAUCUCUUGCAAAACUUCACCAAUGUCAGGCCUGGCAUCUUUCAAUUCAUGGAGAGUGGAGGUGGUCUGGUCGCAGCGGAAAACUUCUCAGGCUUGCGAGCGAUCCUCAGUGGACCUGCCGGAGGCGUCUGCGGUUACGCAGCCACCUGUUACGACAAGGAGGACCCUCGCCCCGUCGUCGGAUUUGACAUGGGAGGCACCUCCACCGAUGUAUCGCGCUACGACGGCACACUCGAACACAUCCUCGAGACAAAGACGGCUGGAGUCAUCAUCCAGUCGCCUCAGCUCGACAUCAACACGGUUGCUGCAGGAGGAGGCUCUUGCCUCAAGUGGCAGAAUGGCCUCUUUGCGGUAGGCCCAGAGUCAGCAGGUGCUCACCCUGGACCUUGCUGCUACCGCAAGGGGGGCCCACUGACCGUCACAGACGCAAAUUUGCUCCUCGGGCGAAUCGUGCCCGAAGCCUUUCCCAAGGUAUUUGGCAAGAACGAGUCGGAAGGUCUGGACGUCAAUGCUGUGCAUCUGCACUUCACUGAACUCGCCGACGAAAUCUCGAGGCAGACUGGACGGAUCUGGAAGGCAGAAGAGAUUGCUGAAGGUUUCCUGAAUGUUGCCAACGAGAACAUGAGCCAGCCUGUGCGAGCUUUGACUGAAGCCAAGGGCCACUCCUUGGGAGAUCACAACCUCGCUGUCUUUGGCGGCGCAGGUGGUCAGCAGGCUUGCUGGAUCUCUCGCUGUCUGGACAUUGAGACAGUCAUCCUGCAUCGCCAUUCUUCUAUUCUCUCCGCCUACGGUAUCGCCGUAGCGGACGUCGUACAAGACUCUGUGGAGACGUUCCACGCCGUCUAUGACGACGACCACCUCGGCAGCGUUCAAGACAAGGUGGCAGACCUCGAGGCCCGAGUCUUGAGUCAGCUCACCUCUGGCGCUCAGCCUUUCAGCUCCAUCGACACUGAAGUAUACCUCAAUUUGAGGUACGAGGGGACCGACACAAGUUUGAUGGUGAAGCAGAGUGAGAAGGAUAGCUGGGCCUUCCUCGCCGCUUUCGAGGAGCACCAUCGAAGAGAGUUCGGAUUUGUUCUGCAAGGCAGAAGACUCUUCGUAGAGGAGGUGCGAGUGCGGGCUGUGGGCCAGCAGGGCGCCAGCAGACCCAGUAACGCAUUGUCCCAGAGAACCGAAGCAGCCAUCGCCAAGGCGACAGUGACGACGCUACCAGCGAAGUGGACAAAGCCCGUGUACUUUGGCUGCUCUGGAGGCUGGACGCAAUGUCCAAUCUACUUACUCGACGAGCUUGCUCGUGAACAGCAGACCAACGACGGAACACUUCACCUGCGAGGCCCUUGUAUACUGCUGGACAAGACGCAAACGAUCGUCGUUGCACCAGGAUUCGACGCCGCAAUCCUCCCUGAGCACGUAGUCUUGCGACAGAUGCGAGCAGCCUCCUCCAGCACUGCACAGACGCCAGUGGCCCAGCUUGCCGAUGUGAGCACGGACGCCGUCACCCUCUCCAUCAUGGCGGCCAAGUUCAUGAGCAUCGCUGAGCGCAUGGGCCAAAUUCUCCAGAGGACGUCUGUCUCUGUCAACAUCAAGGAGAGGUUGGACUUUAGCUGCUCCAUCUUCUCGCCCAGCGGAGACCUCGUGGCCAAUGCUCCUCACGUCCCUGCUAUGCUUGGAUCAAUGGCGUUUGCCGUCAAGUACCAGAUGAAUCUUUGGAAGGGAGACUUGCAUCCUGGAGAUGUACUGUUGUCAAACCAUCCAAUCGCGGGAGGCGUCCAUCUGCCAGACAUGACCGUUGUCACUCCAGUCUUCGACGAUCAGGCAGGUCCUGAUCCAAUCUUCUUCCUCGCAAGCAGAGGUCAUCACGCUGAUGUCGGUGGCAUCCUCCCUGGCUCGAUGCCACCGCAGUCCAAGUUCCUGUACGAAGAAGGUGCCCCCAUUGAAUCCUUCAAGAUUGUCAACCGUGGGCAAUUCCAGGAGGAUGGCCUCAAGAAGCUACUCUUCGAUGACCUGGUCGCGGCGGGCCAGCAACCAACCCGCACCUUGGCCGACAACAUCAGCGAUAUCCGAGCGCAGAUUGCUGCUUGCCACAAAGGAGCGGAGCUCUUGAACGCUUUAGUCACGUCGUACGGCCUCGACUGCGUGCAGAAGCUGAUGACUGGUAUCCAAAAGACGGCAGAGCUGGCAGUGAGGAAGAUCCUGUGCGAAUUUGCAGCACGUCGGCAGUGGAAGCCCGUCACUGCCGUAGACUACAUGGAUGAUGGAACUCCCAUCCAGUUGACUGUGACUAUCUCCAAGACGGGCGAGGCCAUCUUCGACUUUACUGGCACAGGGCCAGAAGUCCUAGGCAACUGGAACGCCCCUACUGCCAUCUGCUACUCCUCGGUAAUCUAUUGUCUGCGCAGUAUGCUAGGGACCUCGAUUCCGCUGAACCAGGGCUGUCUUGACCCAAUCACCCUGAUCAUCCCUCCCAAGUCUCUGCUUGCCCCUUCCAGGGACGUGGCAGUGUGUGGCGGGAACGUCUUGACCUCGCAGCGUAUCACAGACGUGGUGCUCAAGGCAUUCGAAGCUUGCGCUGCUAGCCAAGGGUGCAUGAACAAUCUCACCUUUGGCUACCAAGACGCAGAUGGCUCUACGCUGGGCUUCUACGAGACAAUCUGCGGCGGCAGUGGUGCUGGUCCUACUUGGCGGGGCACUCCCGCUGUCCAGUGUCACAUGACAAACACGCGCAUUGGCGAUCCAGAAGUCAUGGAGAGACGCUACCCUGUCAUAGUACGUCGCUUCGAGGUGCGAGCCGACUCUGGUGGAUCAGGACUGCACAGGGGAGGAGAUGGAGCGAUCCGAGAGAUCGAGUUCCGCCGUCCGGUAACCUGCUCGAUCCUCUCUGAGCGUAGAAGUCGAGCUCCUUGGGGCCUGGCGGGCGGGGGUGAUGCCAAGUGUGGGCUCAACUUCUGGCGAAGAUGGGACGAGGAGACGCAGAGCUACCUUGGGGACAUCAACAUGGGCGGCAAGAACUCUGCUGCUAUGAAGGCCAAGGACCGGAUCCUGAUCAUGACUCCUGGAGGUGGAGGAUGGGGGAGUGAGGAUGCUGCCAAGGAGGAGGGAGAGAGCGGACAGAUGGAUGCAGUGGCGAGAGCACUGGUGCCUGUAUGGCAGCCUCGAGCUUCAGGAUCGAUUGCUGAACGCAGUGCGACUCAGGCGACGUGUGCCUGAGCCCAGUGAGUCAUUGCAGGGGUCAUGUUAUAGAAUGAAUGUUGAGUAGAGCUUGCGAGG